AUGUAUAGGAAUGGAUGCCUCAAACAAUAUUCAGUUUUAGGCAGAAAACAUACAUUAUGGCUGGUAUUGUCUGUAAAACUAGACGAGUGGUUUGAUGAACAAGUUGAUUCUUUAAUUAAUGCGGGAGGAAAUGAUGCUGUAAAUGCGAAAUAUGAAGCUUUUAUUCCUGAAAAUGUAAAAAAGCCAAAGCCAGAUUCUCCAUUUGAGGAGCGCUCUGAUUUCAUCAGGAGAAAAUAUGAGCUGCAACAAUUUCUAAACUCAAAUUUGCAGAUUGUACCUGUUAGCUCCUCACACUUGCGUAAUAGGCUCGCUAGCUCUUUCUCCAGCUCCCACAACUCCGUCUACUCCAAACAAUUUGAGAAGCAACAAUCUACCGGAAUCCGGAAUGCAUUCCGGAAUAGUUGGAGAAGAAAGGAUUCUGAGCAGAAGAGUAUAAAGAAAACGAUGGGCAUGGUUGAGUUUAUCGGAUUGAUCAAAGUCAACAUUAUAAGGGGUAAGAACCUAGUCAUCCGAGAUCUUGUGACAAGUGACCCUUACGUCAUCUUAACUCUAGGACAUCAGUCAAUGAAAACACGGGUGAUAAAGAGCAACUUAAAUCCUGUGUGGAAUGAAAUGUUAAUGUUGUCUAUUCCAGACCCUGUCCCACCUCUAAAGUUGCAAGUGUAUGAUAAGGAUACAUUCUCGACGGAUGAUCGGAUGGGGGAGGCAGAAAUCGAUAUCCAGCCACUAGUCGCAACAGCGAAAGCUUACGAAACCUCCACCGUUGGUGAAUCCAUGCAGGUUGGAAAAUGGGUGGCUUCUGAUGAUAAUACCUUACUCAAAGACAGCAUAAUUUCCCUUGUGGAUGGCAAAGUUAAGCAAGAUAUCACCCUUAAACUCAAAAAUGUUGAUAAAGGGGAACUAGAGAUUCAGCUAGAAUGUCUUCCCCUCAGUCAGUAAUGGCUGUAAUAGAGAUGUGGGCAUUGUGAGUUGUUGGGAUUCUUAGCUAUAUCCCCCCCCAUUUUGUUUCUUAUUUUUUGUAUUUAUGAGAUUGUAUUUGAGAAAUUAAUUAGUGUUGAAAACAGUAUUUGAGAAAUUAAUUAGUGUUAGUAACGAUAUACCUAUCCAAUAAAUCAAGAACAAUUGUAUCAACGACGCACAAAAACAUUGUCUAUCCUCGAAUCAGUGUAUGAUUGUUUUCUAUUUGUACA